AUAAAGUUAAAAGUCGCAAUGUAUAUGAGUGAUAGUCCAUUCUUAUAUCCGUUAAUUGUCAUCGCUACGAUCUUGGGAACGCUACAAGGAUUAACAUGGAUGAUCAUAUCGUUUUUGGUAAUAAUUCUAUAUGCUGAAACUUGGAUACCGGAUAAAGAUUCUAUGGGUUAUUUUAAUAAUGGUGCUUAUUUUCUACUCUUUGAAAGUCAAUUUAAUCCUCCAGUUGAAGAUUUAACUAAUUUACAAUCUAUAACGGGAUUUGUUAUAGUUUUUGCAUGCUUUUAUUUUGUACUUUCGCUUUUAUGGACGAUAAAUUCAUUGGCUUUAGCUCAUAGAUAUUUUUGGAAACUAAGCAUCAAUAUAUCUCAAAUAAUUCGUCUUUGGUCGUUCUUAGCAUUUAUAAUAACAAUAUACGAUUUAGUUACAAUGUCCGUAUUAGCAUACGAUUUAGGAGUGAUUCAAAAUAGUACUCAAAUUGAUGAUGCAACCAAAUUUUUAUUUAGCACAGUAAUGGGAGUUGCAAUGACCAUAGCUGGACGCGGUUACAUUCUUUUAGCAAUCAAUUUAAUUGUAGCAUUUAUUUUACCGAGGGCUCUUUAAGAACAAAUUGGUUUAUCUUGCCCGAGCUCAGAUUUUACUUGAGACUAUAAAUAAGUGUUAAGAAUCACAAAAAUAUUACAGAUAAAUCAGUACCGAAACUCUAA